UUCUCUAUAUACCGUGCCUCGGGUCACGCGGCGGUCGGGAGUCGGACGCGGGGCGUGGUCGCGGGCGGACGCGCGGGGCAUCAUGCUUUGAUUUGCUUGCUUUGUCAACUUCAUAUAACUUACUAUCGCAUUCGUGUGAAAGCCAAACACUGCUCAGUGCCCUUAGAAAUUGAGUUUUGGAAAGCUCAAGUCCCUAUAGCUCCUCAGGUCGGCAACAGUUGAAGCCUCAUCUGAACCCAUGUGAAAAAACGAGGAACGUCGCCUGCGACUCCCGCACGCCGUUUGCCCCGGCCGUCCGUACUGGUCUUCGCGCUGCGAGCCGCGCUGGAGUUCGCGGCGGCGUCGUGGAGCUCCCAUCGGGACGGCGUGUGAUGCCCGCGUCGAGCUUAUAAGCCGUGAGCUUCGAUUGGCGGCUCACGCGGUCACCAGCUGUAUGUACAGUGGAUCUAUUUAAGAUCUCCAGAGCCACCACGUGGCGCUACGGUCGGGGUAGGGCGAGUCCAAAUCCCGAGACUUUUGGGGUGUAACUGAUCACCUACCUAGUAGACAAUGCUGAAGCAAAAAGUGUUUUUGAAGAAGAACAGAAGAGGAAAUGUUCUUAAGAUUGUCCGCGAGCACUACCUGCGCGAUGACCUGUGGUGCGGCGUCGACGGCUGCUCCAAGUGCGAGCUCCAGACGUCGGGCCAGACGCCCCUGUCGCGCUCCCUGGAGUCGCCCAGCACCGCCGUGCCUGAGCCGCACGUGCUGAUACCCGACACCAAUGUUAUCCUGCAUCAGCUGGAGAUCCUUUCCAGUGAUGCCAUCAAGAACGUGGUCCUACUGAAGACUGUGCUGGAUGAGGCGCGGAAGCGCAGUCCUCCACUGUUUAAGAAGCUCACAGAUCUGAUGUCGGCUACAGACAAACGCUGCUACGUCUUCAUCAACGAACAUCACAAGGACACAUUCGUGGAGCGGGUGGCCGGUGAGACGUCCAACGACUACAGUGACCGCCUGAUCCGGCGGGCGGCACACUGGUACAGUGAGCACCUGGAGGGCUCCGGCCUGAGGGCCCUGCUGCUCACCGACGACCGGGACAACCUCCGCAGGGCCAAAAAGGAGGGCGUGCCCUGCAUGAGAGUAUCCGCGUACGUGUGGUCGCUGAGCGCCCACCCGGAGCUGGUGGACCAGCUGGCCGCCCUGGACUGCGCCGGCGCCGGAGACCACGCCGUCACCUACCCGGAGCACCUCAGCCUGGCUGCUCUGCAGAGCGGUGUGCGCACCGGACGGCUGCGACAGGGGAAGUUCUUCGCGAGAGACGACAACUAUCUGGAGGCGACGGUCAUGGUGGAGGGAUUGGACCAGCCGGUGCUGCUCCAGGGCCGGUACGACCUGAACCGCGCCGUCCAGGACGAUAUCGUGGCCGUGGAACUGUACCCCAAGGACCGGUGGUCCGUGCCCUCCAACAUGGCCCUGCUCGACACCGGCUUUGAGAACGAUUACUCCUGUGAGCGGGACUUUCCGCCUGCGUCGUGCCUGGGCCAGCCGGGCGCCCAGCCCACCGGCCGCGUGGUGGGCAUCAUCAAACGCAAGUGGCGCCAGUACUGCGGCAUGGUCGAACUCAACCCCAUCGCUGAGGAGAUGUCCCACCAGUUUGUUCCGGCCAACGACCGAAUACCGCGGGUGGUGAUCCAGACUGCCCGGGGCCGUCAGCUGGCAGGGCAGAGGGUGGUGGUGUCCAUCGACAGCUGGCCGCGCAACUCACGGUAUCCGCAGGGCCACUUCUGCCGCGACCUCGGUAAGAUCGGCACCAAAUCUGCCGAGAACGAAGUACUGCUUCUGGAGCACGACGUUCCGCACAGUCACUUCUCUGAACCGGUGCUGGCGUGUCUGCCGCAGCUGCCCUGGGUCAUCACCCCGCAGGAUGAAGCGAAUCGUGUGGACCUUCGCCAUGUGGAUGUGUGCUCGGUCGACCCGCCGGGCUGCACAGACAUCGAUGACGCGCUGCACUGCAUACCGCUGAAGAACGGGAACUAUGAGGUGGGCGUCCACAUUGCCGAUGUGUCGCACUUCAUCCGGCCCGGCACCGCUAUCGACAAGGAGGCCGCCAACCGGGGUACCACCGUCUACCUGAUCGACAAACGUAUCGACAUGGUGCCAGAUCUGCUCAGCUCUAACCUCUGCUCGCUGCGCGGUGGGGAGACCCGGUUCGCCUUCUCCUGCAUCUGGGAGAUCACCCCAAAGGCCGAGAUCGUCAACACAAAGUUCCACAAGUCCAUCAUCAGGUCCCGCGCAGCGCUGACGUACGCCGAGGCUCAGCUGAAGAUAGACGAUGUCACCCAGCAGGACGCCGUGUCGAUAUCGCUGCGCGGCCUCAACAUGCUGGCCAAGCAGCUCAAACAGCGACGCCUCGACGACGGCGCGCUGCUGCUGGCCUCUCCCGAGAUCCGGUUCCACAUCGACUCGGAGACGCACGACCCGAUCGACGUCCAGUCCAAGCAGCUGCUGGAGACCAACUCGAUGGUGGAGGAGUUCAUGUUGCUGGCCAACGUGUCGGUGGCUGAGCAGAUCCUGCACGAGUUCCCCGAGUGCGCGCUGCUGCGGCGGCACCCGGAGCCGCCGCCCAGCAACUUCCUGCCGCUCAUCAAGGCCGCCAGACUGCAGGGCUUCGAGCUGGACGUCAGCUCCAACAAGCGUCUGCAGGAGUCUCUGAACUCCGCCGUGAAGCCGGCCACGCCCUACUUCAACACGAUGCUGCGCAUCAUGGCCACCCGCUGUAUGAUGCAGGCGGUGUACUUUUGUACGGGAACCGUCAGCAGAGAGCUGUACCAGCACUACGGACUGGCGGCGCCCAUCUACACACACUUCACGUCGCCGAUCCGAAGGUACGCAGAUAUCAUCGUGCACCGUCUGUUGGCCGUGGUCACCGGCCAGGACUCCACCUACAAGGAGCUGCUCGACAAGCGGCGAACGCAGAACACCUGCAACCACAUCAACUACCGGCACCGGAUGGCCCAGUACUCGCAGCGCGCCUCAGUCGGCCUGCACACACACUUAUUUUUCAGAGAGCGUGUGCGGGAGGAGGAGGGUUACGUGCUGCAGGUGAAGCAGAACGCCGUCUCCGUGCUGGUACCCAAGUACGGCCUGGAGAGCACCAUCCUGCUGCCCGGCUCCGAGCGACAAAACGCCACAGUGCAGUUCGUCUAUGACGAACAGGUGCCCUGUCAGUCUGCAGCGGGGGUGACGCUGCGCACCUUCGACAAGGUCAUAGUCCAGCUGUCGGUAGAGUCGCGCAACAUCCAGCAGCAGAAGCUCGUCAUGAAACUCGUCAAACCAGAGAUCCCUGGUUUCACCGUAGAACCGCUGGAGCCGCCGCCGGAACCACUGCCCGAACCCGCUGCCGCUCCAGAGCCGACAAAACCCAGCUCCAAGGCGUCGAAACGGCAGCGCGCAGAUGCGGCCAGGCCCACCAAGAAGAAAACCAAGUAGGGCAACGCGCUCGGGGGCGAGCGUACUAUGGGGAGUAUGCUGUGAUCGGCCUCAAUAUGUCAUCAAAUACACACAUGACUUCGUAUA